AUGGCGACUUUCACUAGAAUCCCGGAUGGCGAGUCUCCUUCCAUAAGUGUCGAUGUAAACAGGAGAUUGUCGAAGAUCGACCCAAACAUAUAUGGCGGCUUCAUGGAGCACAUGGGCCGCUGUAUCUAUGGUGGAAUCUACGACCCUGGGAAUCCUCUCUCGGACAGACAUGGCUACCGCACCGACGUCCUUGCUGCUCUCCGCGAACUCGACAUCCCCGUGAUCCGAUACCCGGGCGGAAAUUUCGUUGCCACUUAUCACUGGCAGGAUGGCAUCGGACCUAAAGAGAACAGGCCGUCUCGUCCAGAGCUUGCUUGGCUAGGAACCGAGACGAACGAGUUCGGAACUGACGAGUUCAUGCACUGGCUUGGUGUUCUAAGCGAAGGCAGAGAGAAGCGAGUCGAGCCGUACUUUGCCCUCAACUUCGGCACCGGAACCCUGGACGAAGCUUUGGCCUGGGUCGAGUACUGCAAUGGUACUAAGAAUACCUACUACGCCAAUCUCCGACGGAAGAAUGGUCACGAGGAGCCGUACAACAUCAAGUACUGGGCUCUCGGCAACGAGAUGUGGGGACCGUGGCAAGUCGGCCAAAUGACUUCAGCCGACUACUCGAAGCAAGCCGCCCAAUGGGCCAAGGCCCUCAAGCUGCUCGAUCCCACCUUGUGCCUCAUUCUCUGCGGCGAAACGGGGGUGGCGUCCUGGGACCACGAGGUACUGAAAGACUGCAUCCCGUUCGUGGACAUGCACAGCAUCCACAUGUACACGGCGUCCAAGGAGCACAUCCCCAACGCCAUUGCUCCUCUCUCCGCCGAGCGCGCCAUCGAGGCUGCUGCGGCACUGAUCGAUAUUGCGCGUAUCGAGAAGAACAUCCCGCCCAGCGUCCCCAGAACAACAAUCUGCUUCGACGAGUGGAACGUGUGGGACCCUGUCCGGGCCCCCGGGGAAGAAGGCGCGGAAGAGCUGUACACGCUCUCUGAUGCUAUCGGGGUCGCGGUAUGGCUGAAUGUUUUCGUCAGGCAGAGUAAGUGGGUGGGCAUGGCAAAUAUUGCGCAGAGCGUCAACGUCAUCUCGCCAUUGAUGACAACUGCGGACGGGAUCUCGAAGCAGACGACGUGGUGGCCACUGUUGCUGUUUAGCAAGUACAUGCGUGGCUGGACGGUCGGCGUCCACGUCCAGGCUGGGGCGUAUGAUGGUGUGACGGAGCCGAAGUGGUUGCAGGGUGUUUUGGACCAAGGGGCGAGCUGGCUGGACGUCAGUGCUUCUGUCAAUGAGGAGGGAGUGCUGAGUUUAGUGGUUGUGAAUGUCAGCGAGACGGAGGAUUUCGAGACCGAACUGUGCGGUGUAGGGAAUGGAGUCGAUGUGUACACCGUCACGGGGAAGGAUGCGAGUGUUGCGAAUACUGCGGGCAAGGAGGAAGUCGGUAUCAAGGAAAGCAAGUGGAGUGGGAAGGGGAAGUACGUGUUCCCGAAGCUGUCGAUGACCAUGCUUCGAUGGGAGACUGGGAAGAAGGUGAUCGAAGUCAUGAAGGGGGGCGUUAGCCGGGAAUCGAAGAAGCUGGCAUCAACUGUGGCCUGGUAG